AUGUCUGUUUUCAGAGACAGGGCAGAAUGGGCUGAUAUAGACCCAGUACCACAGAAUGACGGCCCUAAUCCAGCAGUCCAGAUCAUCUACAGUGAGAAAUUUAGAGAUGUUUACGAUUACUUCCGAGCUGUUCUGCAGCACGACGAGAGAAGUGAACGAGCCUUUAAGCUCACCCGGGAUGCUAUUGAGUUUAACGCAGCCAACUAUACAGUGUGGCAUUUUCAGAGAGUUCGCUUGAGGUCGCUUCAGAAGGAUUUGCAAGAGGAAAUUAACUACAUCACUGCAAUAAUUGAGGAACAGCCCCCAAACUAUCAAGUUUGGCACCAUCGGAGAGUCUUAGUGGAAUGGCUAAAAGACCCCUCUCAAGAGCUGGAGUUCAUUGUCGAUAUUCUUAAUCAGGAUGCAAAGAAUUAUGCAUGGCAGCAUCGACAGUGGGUCAUUCAGGUGUGA